AUGUGCCCGUAUGUCAAUUGUAUGCCAUUUGGCAAUGAUUUGCCUGAAGUGGUGGCCAUAGAGUUAUACAAUGGCGACAACUUUAUGGAGUUGGUGGCAGUGGACGGCACCGGACGUGCCUAUUAUGUGGCCCGAGAGGUGUACGUGAAAAACUUGGAGCUGUUAUUCAACCUUCCGUUUCAACGCAUUUCGUCCGAUAACUCGGAUCCGAGUCUACAGAGAGUGAGGAUUACUAAAGAAAAGACACCGGAAAACACGAGACUUAUAACCGAUGCCAACGAUAAACCCGUGGCCUUUGUUAGAGUCCAGUUUUAAAUGAUCAAGAUUAAACACUAUGACCCAACAAUUUCAUGUUAUUUUAACAGGUUACAAU